AUGGCAGAUUCUACGGAGAGCGUCUCCCCCCAGGAGAAAGAUAAUCAGGAACAAAACACACACACGGAUCUUUCGUCAAACACAACAGAAUGCUCCACGCCAGUACAAGAUCCAAAGAAGGGGAAAACAAGAGGAAGAAAGAAAACUUUAGUCGGACCUCCCUAUGUCUGCCAAUACCCGAAUUGCGGGAAAAGUUUCCAAAGGUCUGAACAUCUGUCCCGCCAUAAAUUGAACCACAAUCCGAAGACUAUCUUUACCUGCAGCCAUGCUGGUUGUGGGAAAACUUUUGUUCGGCACGAUUUACUUGCAAGACAUUUAAAGAGACACGAAAUCAAACUCGAAAAGCAAAAGCAGGAAAACAAACCUUCGGAAUUUUUAAGUACUGUUGUAUCCAACAAUUUCAAGAUCCAAACCACACAACCUUCUUCAAAGCGGAAAAAGAGAAACGAUUCCCCAAACAAUGAUAUUCUUUCACAGUCUAAUAAAACAUCAAACACUAAUCCAGUGACAGUGAAGGACCUUGUUGAACAACAUUCUGCCACUCCUCCACUACCUCCAUUAUCUAACAUGGACCUCCAAGUAAACAGUCCUCAGGUAGCAACAAGUAACCUGAAUACAGACAUGACUAAUGCACCUUCAGGUGCUGCACCUAAUUUGUUUAGCUGGCUAUUUACAGACCCAAGCUCAAAUUCCAACAAUUUGUUGCCUACUCAAAACACAGAACACUAUUUCAACUCGAAUAAUCCAAUGGAGAGAGCUUUACAGGCUAAAAUAGAUAACGAGGGGGCAAGUAACAACAACCAAUCGUCACAACCCAACUUUAACAGUUCAUAUCCCACUAUUGGUUCAAACAAUGAUAUUUCAAACUCAAACUUCCUCAAUGAACUGAAUGAAUUCCAUAUGAAUAACAAUACCCAUAAUUUCUUUAUAGUUCAAGAUGAUUUUUCACCAGCUUCUUCCAGUGGUUAUUAUAGCUCAACCCCGGAUCGCAUGGUUUCAAAUCAUCCUGAAAUUUCCAAUUCAAAAAAAGAAAAUGUGCAAUCGGAUAAAGAAAAAGGCCUACAUUCGUUUCAACAAUCUCAAGGUCAUCAAGUAAGUGAACCAUUAGCGUAUCAAUUCGAUGAAGGUUUACUGUAUACUUUGACCGACGAACAAAUGAAAGAGUUUGAAAUAUUAAUACCUGCUUUAAAGAACAAUCAUGAUUUUACAAAACCAAAAUUUGAAAAAGCUUUGAAAACUUAUUGGAAUUUCUUUCAUCCAAGAUUCCCAAUGUUACAUAGACCUACUUUUAAUUCAACAGAUUCUCCAAUUUUGUUGCUUUUGGCCAUGAUUGUAAUUGGUUCCAAGUUAUUCAUGUGCGUUGAUAAUAUCACGUGUCCUGAUAAUAAGCGUAUAUCUCAGCCGAAGGUUUUAUCCGAUACAAUUGCAGAGCCUUUAAGAUGGUUACUGUUUGCUUCACCCUUUUUCCAACCGCCCGCUGAGGUUUGGAUAAUUCAAAGUUUGCUUAUGUUGGAAUUCUAUGAAAAACAUUGCUCCAACAGAAGAUUACAUGAGCGUUCCCACUUACACCAUGGAACAACUAUCCAAUUACUACGAAGAUCCCCCACUUUAGGUGGUGCUUCCACAAAGUUCAAUAAUGAAUCAAUCACCGAAGAUACUGAUAAUUGGUAUAAAUGGAUCGAAAUCGAGUCUAUGAAGAGAACCACUUUUAUGUGCUUUUAUAUGGAUGCAAUUGAUGCUAUUUGUAUGGGACAUCAGAUGUUCAUCUAUUCUCAUCAAAUUCAAAUGACAAUGCCCGUUGAGGAUGUUGUAUGGGAAUCCAACUUCAAUCAAUUUAGCAGGAACUUCAAAAACUCAAAGAGACCACAACAGUUUUUAAUAGUGUUGAAAAAUGUGAUGAACGGCAAGCCUGCUAGAACCAAUUCAUUUGGUAAAAAGAUACUACUAGCUGGCUUAAGUGCAAUUCUAUUUCAAAUUCAACAGCGUGAUUUACAGUUGUUUUUCGGGUUGGAUAAGUUUACAAACACUAUAAGUGAAAAUUGGAGAGAUCUCUUGACAGCGGCAUUUGCCAUUUGGAGGAAUGAUGUGGGGGGUUCGUGUUGUUCGUCCAAGACCGCAAUUGAAAAUUUGAAUGCAUUGGGGAACUCAUCUCAGUUUUCCACAUCCGACACAAGGUGCAAGUGUAUAUCGUAUCACUUGGCUCACAUCUAUAUGUCGAUUUCUCAUUAUGACAUUUUUAUUGUGUGUGGUGCCCCUUGGAGAAUGAACGUCAAGCCCUCUUCAUUACUUGAAAGACAAUCAAUUAAAAAUCGUGUUUUUGAAUGGUCCAAAACUAGACACUGUGAAGUUUCGAUUGUUCAAUGUUAUCUUUGCCUAUUUGAGAUGUUUCUAUCGCCUGAAGACGCUACAUUCGAGUAUCAGUAUAAUUACCUACCUGACGCCGAUUUAUUUUUCAGGAGUUACUCAUUAGGAUAUAUGGUGUUGGUUUUAUGGGGCUAUUUAUAUGCAAAGAAUAGGUUUGAUAAGAUUGACGUUAAUCAUACGAACAACAAGAAUGGAUACCUCUAUUUGAAGAAGAUGAGAGAGCAGUUUUCAAGUAAGAGUGGUGUUUCGUUACAUACAUGGUACAACAAUCAACCGGGUGCUUCGUUUUAUGGGUAUCUAAUGAAAUGGGCAAAUGUAGUGAAUCAGAUUGAGGGUAUGGAGAACAUGAUUGGGUUGUUGGAAUUGGUGGGGAAUAAGUUUGUGACGGCUGACUAUGCGGUGGUUAGAGAGAUCGGUAAGCUCUUGUUGUUCUGUAAGGAUAGAAUGAUUGGAGCCACUAAUAAAGAGAUUCUCGAUGAUAUGUACAUUACAGAUUAA